CAGAAACAACUCACUCAUGCACUCAUUAAUAAUCUAAAGUUCAUGAGAAUCAAAGGAUAUGUCUCUGAAAGGGAACAACAUUGGGAUAUCCAACGGACUUAAGACCCUGGCUGUUUCAGAUGGAGAACUGAAUGUACUGGAAACAGAUGAUCGGUCAGUAUCACAGUACUCCAGCAGUAACACCAGUCUGCCCACCGUGCCCAGUGAAGGGAGCAGAGGGGUGGGUCAGGUGGCCAGCUGGGCCGUCAGCUUUGAGAGGCUCCUGGAGGACCCAACAGGCGUACGCUACUUCACAGGAUUUCUGAAAUCUGAGGUCAGUGCUGAGAACAUCUUGUUCUGGCUGGCAUGUGAAAAGUUUCGCAAGAUACCUGUCCAUCAAACCGAGCAGCUUAAGAAAGAGGCAUCCUCAAUUUAUAACACUUUCCUGUCCAGCAAUGCAACAUCUCCCAUCAACAUAGAUGACAGGGUACGAGUUGAGGAGAAAGAUGUACAAAAUCCUCAUCCUGACAUCUUUCAAAAAGCACAACAACAGAUCUUCAAACUGAUGAAGUUUGACAGCUAUACUCGUUUCGUGCGCUCACAGCUCUAUCAGAGCUGCAUGCUAGCUAAUGUGGAGGGCAGGCCUCUGCCGUGGCUGGACUCUCGUGGCAGACCCAUCACAGCAACAAAACCCACCAGCAGCACUUCACCCAAGGAGCAAGUCAAAUUCGAUAGAACUAAGGAGAGGGUAAAAGUGAAGCCUGGAACAGUAGAUGGUGAUGACGUGGUAGAGAGGAGGAAAGUCAAUCUGCAAGGCAUGAUGGGAAAGGACAAGCGCAAAGAAAAGAGAGCGUCCUGGGGAGAAUCACCUAUCAACUUCAUGACUGGACUUGUGAAGAGUUCGGAGGUUGAGAAAUUAGUGGCACGCUCUGCAGACGGAAGGGUAGAUAAGUACUGCUGUGUCUUCCUGCCUGAUGGUACAGCUUCUCUGACCCCAGCCCGACCUGGCGUCACCAUCCGCAACAUGCUCACCGGAUUGUGUGAAAAAAGAGGCCUUCCUCUGUCAGACAUCAUUAUUUAUCUACAUGGCAAAGACAAACAACCACUGUCACUGGACCAGGACAGCUCUGUGCUGAAAGACCAGCAGGUGUUUUUGGAACUGAGGGUCACAUUUGCAGUGAAGGUAGCCUUCACAGGAAAGACGAUGGCCGUUGUGGUGAAGUCCAAUAAGACCCUGCAGGAUGCCCUCGCGGCAAUGCUUAACAAAUACCGCCUCAGGUCACAGGACGCCAUUGUCAGCAUGAGUGGAACUGGACAGAUAAUAAGUAUGAACACAGAAGUCACCUCUCUGGCCAAUAAGACACUAAUUCUAGAUAAAGGUGUUGAUCAGGCCAGCAGCCCCAAAGGGAACUUCUCACCUACUUCAUUACAAGAUCGGAGAGGUGCUGUGGAUGCAAACAUGUUCCCUCCAGGGAUUUCCAGAUCAGCUGCUCGGCAGAAGAACCCUGGAUUGAGGAGAACCUAUGACAUGGAGGGUUUGGUGGAGUUGUUAAACCGAGCUCAGUGCUGCAGUGCUGAUGAUCAGCGAGGCCAGCUGAAGAAAGAACAUCUAAUGCUGCCUCAGUUCCUCCAGUUACCCUUGGAAGAAGUGGAGGAAGCUGAGACAAACAGAUCACUGGAAGAGCCCUGCUCCAGUAUGGGGUCUCUCGAAGUGGAUUCUCCUGCAGUACGAUCAGAAACAUUAGGGAAGGAACAAUCAGAGAAUGAGUGCUCAAACCCAGCUCGAGAAACUGUGGUGUGAGCUAAACGGACCUGUUACAUCUUUUGCUUCAAUGAUCUGUCACACUGGAGCAUGAAAAAUAGAGAAUAAUGUUUCAGCAAUGUGAACAUGGCAGUCUUUGAUGAUGGACAAUUGUCAUUAGGCUUUUUUUUGAUAAAAGCAAUGAUAUGAAAUAUUGUUUACAGUAGAUGUAAUUCUGCACAUGUUAUUGUCCAGCUGCUUGUAUUUAUUUGAAAAUGAUUCACAU